CUCUCGCCCUCCAUCCACCGCUCACAGACAUGCUUGGCGACGACGAAGACGUAUUCGAUAGUGUCACCUGGGAAUCUCCUGCCACUCCGGCCCCAGCAUACGACGUUGGCGUUGGCGCACCAUCCGGACCAGGCUUCAGGCAAAGCACAGCGGAGAGCGAAGAUGGCCGUGGCCCACACGAUCCCAAGUGGGAGGGCUAUCUCAUCACUUCCGUGAAGGAUCCAGUCAAGGAACUUGCUGAGACUAAGGAUGCCUACGUUUCCUAUCUCGUCACUGCAAAGACAAACCUACCCAUCUUCUCCACUCCGAAUCCAUCAUCCCGCAGACGGUUCCAGGACUUCGUGUUUCUGAGGAACAACCUUGCGAAAGACUUCCCUGCAUGUGUAGUACCACCUCUACCUGAUAAACAUCGACUAGAGUAUCUCACCGGCGAUAGGUUCAGCCCAGAGUUUAUGGAAAGGAGACGUCAAGAUCUACACCGCUUCCUUCUACGGCUCGCACGACACCCAACAUUGCAGCGGAGUACCCUCGUUCGUGCAUUCUUCGAAUCAACAGAAUGGCAUGUUAUCAUGCACCAACACCUUGCCCACCCACCAGGUCCUGAUGCCUCCCAAGGUGUCAUGGACAAUCUAUCCGACACUCUCCUCAAUGCCUUCGCACGGGUACGCAAGCCCGACGAACGCUUCCUUUCCAUGCGGGAGCAUGUGGACAAAUUCGAAGAGAGCCUUAACACUUCGGAAAGGUUAUGGACACGGGUCCGGGGCAGGACAACAGAUUUGACGGCGGACUACCAUGAUAUGGCUGUCGCAGUACAAGGCCUUGGAUUCCUGGAGUCUGGUAUCACGGAUCAAUUGAACCACUUCUCGAAUACGCUGCUUGAGUUCUCUGCAUUGCUACGCCACACGACACAUAACACCAUGGACCCUUUUCUCAUCCACUUGCACUCCCUUCUCAGUUAUUCUCACGCCCAUAGAGCGGUGCUUAAGUUGCGGGAUCAGAAGCAGCUUGACCUUGAGGAGCUUUCAGAAUACCUUUCUGGAGUAACAGCUGAGAGAGACAGACUGUCGGCUGUUAUCAGUGGCCAUGCUGGCAGCACAGGUCUAGGGUUAGGCGCUUAUCUUCGAGACAAGGUGGAGUCCAUCCGAGGCGCAGAUGAUGACCGAAGUCGGGUGGAGAAGAUGAGAAAGUUGGAUGUGAAGAUCAAGGAGCUUGAAGAUGCCGUGACGACGGCGCACGAAACCUCGGAUGCUUUCAGCGACGAAACGUUACGCGAGCAAGCUAUAUUCCAACACGCCAAGGAGGCUGAGAUGAAGGAGAUGCUGACCAACCUUGCGGAUGGGCAGAUUGAGCUCUACAAGACCGCCAUGGAAGAGUGGGACCGCAUCAUCCCUAUACUCCAACGAAUCCGUGUAGACGUUUGAAUGUUGCAUGCACCAUAACUCUAUUUCUUACUGUGGACUAUAUCCCAUGGCGUCACUUGUUGUUCAGUGUAGCUUUGUUUUUAUUCAUGCGUCGCGAUCCUGAUAUUAAUACCUUUGCAUACAUCGAAGUAAUACCUAUUGGACCUGCUCUUGUUUCC